AUGCGUUCCCUGGCAAAGCAGCUGGUUCAAAACUAUCGUCAGUGCCGUGACAGGUUCCGGCACAAGCCUCUUGAGCCUCAAGUUGAUCCACUGAGCUGGAUCGGCUUGAUCGUCGUUUUGGCGCUGCCGCUGGUGCUCCUAUGGGUCUUUUGCAUGUUUCGGGAACGGCCCAAAUUGCUUGCAGGGGACGCAAGCCCAAACUUCUGCAUUCACCUCGUUGAUGGCACUCAGAGAAGCUUUCAUGAGUUUCUGUGUCAAAGACAUGUACCAACCUUACUGGUGUUCUACCAUACCCUCCAACCACUUGGAAAAGAUGAAGGGCAUUUGCUGAAAGUCUUCCAAGAGCUUGAAGAGAUAGACCAGCUGGUCAGCUAUCGAGAUGAAGACCUUCAGUGCAUCAUGGUGAACGUGGAGUCUAUGCAGAAAUGUCAAGACAUUGCUGCCUCCAGACCUUUCGGCACGGUGGUCCAUGGCCACGCCGUGCCGCCGAAGGCCUAUUCGGCCACUGGGCCAGUCCGGAAGAUGUUAGUCGAUGUGGAGGGGAAGAUCGUGAAGAUCGACACCGGCGACCCUGGUCGCGUCGAUCCGAAGCACCGCUUGAAGAUCUUCAGCUGGGUUUUGGAACGGAAACCACCGAAGAAGUCGCGAAGUCGCGCGCACCGCAAGCGCCUGGAACGGGAGUUGGGCUCCUUACGCACCGAGUUGGCCAAGUGCGAAAGUAUCGUGGAGCAUUUGGUGGAGGAGAUUGAAGAGCAGACGCGCCGUGGCGCUCUAGGUGCUUCCACAGCAGUGGCAGAGGCAAAGGCAGCCAUGGAAGGAAAGCAGCUCCGGCAGAAGGCGGCAGAGCCUGGCGUGGUGGACGACCUGAAAGGCGCUCUGAAUGGUUUCUUCUCAGCCAUUGGCACCCGGGUGACCUUAGCCGUGGCCCCCAGUGAGGAGACCGUAGCCCGUGCCGAGCGCGAAAAAGGAGGGGUCUGUGGUCGGCACGCCGGUGGUCGGUUCUGGAGAAUAUAA